CCAGGCCCAUAAGGACCUGUUUGUUUAAAAAAAAAAACCAACAAGCUAUUGAAAUGGUGCUGUAAUGUGGAUGCAGGGAAAGGGGAAAUACACUUUGAAGGUGACUGACGAAAAUGCCGGGCGAGGACUGAAACUCCUGGGAAUAGAUGUAAAAGCAAUUCCACCGGUCCUGGAAAAGGAGUUCAAGCGAGUGGCGAGGCUGGGGCAAAUCUGCAAUGCCAGUGAUGGCAGAGCAAUGAUGUCGUUGCGAGCAGGCAAGGUGCACGAUAUGUUGGAGUUGGUGUCUGAUGAAAACUGUGUGAAAAUGGGAUUAAACCCAAAGAGAACGCGCCCAGAGUGGAUGAUCCUGACAAUUUUCCCAGUCGCGCCUAUGGUUAUCAGACCUAAUUGUACGCUUCUAGGAGGUGCACAAUCAAAGAAAGGAGGCAAGCUCCGCAUGUGUAUUGACUAUUGCGGUCUAAACCGCAUCACAAGAAAUAACGCCUAUCCCUUGCCCCGCAUAGAUGAUUUGCUUGAUGCUGCAGGUGGGUGCAAGGUUUUCUCCAAGAUCGAUCUUAAGUCUGGCUAUCACCAGAUUGAAGUCGAUCCUGCGAACCAGCACAAGACUGCGUUCAAAACACGCGAUGGGCUUUACGAGUUUACCGGAAUGCCCUUCGGUUUCAUGAACACACCGACCACCUUUCAAAGCCUCAUGGACAUGGUCCUCCGCGAACAGAUUGGUCGGUUCGUGGUGGUAUACCUUGAUGAUAUACUAAUCUUCAACAAAUCCAUGGAGGAACACAUAAAGCACCUUGAGGAAGUUUUCACCAUCCUCGAGAAGAUGCAAGUCCACCUCAACUCGACAAAAUCUGAGUUUGGGAGGGAUAGCGUCAUCUAUCUUGGGCAUCGGUUGUUUGCUACAGCCGUAGAGCCUGUGGCAAUCAAGGUUGAGGUCAUAAGCUAUUGGCCUCAGCCCGCGAACAUUCGCGAACUGCGCUCUUUUCUUGGUCUCGCAUCGUAUUACCGGAAGUUUGUGCCCUGUUUCGCUAUUGUUGCUCGCCCGUUGUCCCGGUUAACAAGUAAGAACGUUCCGUAUGUUUGGGAUACCACAUGCGAGGACGCCUUUCAAGCCUUGAAAGAGGCUUUGAUCGGGAUUGGGUUGGUUCGAAGUGGGGGUGGGUUGGAUUCGAAAUCUGAUUGUGGGGCGAUUGGGGUGGGAUCAGGUGAGGAUUCGAGUAAGAGCAACGGGUGCGUCGUCGGCUCCGGCGUACGCCAUCUCCUGUGGCAGAGUACGGCAGCGGGCGCAUCUAUGGGUCCGGCGUGCGUGGUCUCCUGCGGCAGGGUUGAGCAGCGGGCGUGUUUUUGGCGACUGUGGCAGGCGUCACGCUGUGGGGGCGGAACGAUUCCCAAAGAUGGACGUUCGCGGCAGCGGGCACGGUCUGCACGAAGAGGAGAUCGACGCGAUGGCGAUGGCGGUUACUGUCGUCAUCGUGAACACGAUAUCCUGAACACGAUGAGCGACAUGUCGUCGUCCUCGCGCGACAUGUUGACGCAGCUCCGUAAACGAAGAGCGUUGUUGCAUCGCAUUGCCGAAGCGUCGGAUUGCGUGGCCAUGUAUGAGGCAGUCGUCCAGUUGUGUGCCGCGCUGUCAUCUAGCGUUUUCCCGCGGCAGACCCUGCGUUGGUGGAUUAAACGACGGACUGGCGGAACAUGGGAUGAUCUCCGCCUCUGUGAUGACGCGACAGACGAGUACUACCGCCAGAAGUUGCGCAUGUCGAUGACCAUGUUCAGGCAGAUCGUAGCCGCGUGCGCCGCGUACGUGGAGAAAAAGGUGACGCACUAUAGGAUGUCAUUGCCAGUGGAGCAGGUGAUCGCUUUCUCGUUGUACAGGUGGGCGUCAGGAGAGACGUACGAGAGCGGCACGUCAGCCUUCGGAAUCAGCAGGGCAACUGGACUGCAGGCCGUCCGUGACGUCACUUCGGCGCUGCUGCAGGCGUACCCCGACGCGAUCAAGUGGCCAGUUGGCUGUAGACGUGCGCAGAUUCUGCGCGCAUUCCGUGACAAGGGUUUCUCGAACUGCUUCGGCGCGAUCGACUGUACACACAUCUACAUUGACAAGCCCGCCGGCGCACCUUCAAACAACUACUAUGACCGCAAACAAAAGUUCUCCGUGCAGGCGCAGGUGGUGGUGGAAUUGACACAUGGCGUCGAAGUGCUUCGCCGACCGCCAUUUGAAGUGUCGCCGAUCUGGCGAGAAAUAUGUCUCCCGUGCUGCUGUGGCGUGACGACGACGGAUACCCUCGUGACGCAGAAGAUCUGUCCUUCGCGGGAAGAAGACGACGACGUGCACGUGGUAGACAGAAGGACGACGACCCCGGCGAGAGUACUCCGUGGCGAAAAGACUGGUGGCGAGAAGAAUAGAAGAGCGACGCUCACAGUGAUGCGCGGCGAGAUGAUUGACGGGCGACGUCGGCGUGGCAGACAGAAGGACGACGACUCCAUCGAACAUUGUCCACGAGACGAGAUGGCUAGAAUGGCGUCGGCGGUGGUCGUCCAAGGAACUGAAGAUGUCCGCGCGGAGCGGGCGACAUUUAUCCGCGGUGAGCAGGCUUGUACCACUUCCACGUCGUUGCGGUUGGUGUGCAGUAGGCGCGACGGGCUUCUGUACUGGAGACACCUUCGUGCGGACAACAUACAUGCGGGUUGGGAUGCGCAGGACUUAAGUACUCUCUCGCAGAUGGACCUCCCGCGACGUCGCUUCUCUGUGGCGGGAAACGACGUCGUCGACGGUGGCACGUGCGACCUCCUUGCCCACCCUGGCGUGUCAUUUCAAUCCUCCCCAAGGUGCGAAAAGACCCUUCGACGAUCGGCGUCGAUGAUGAACGUGCGGCUCGCCUCCCUAGCGCCGCCGGAACACAACCCGAACCUGAGAUCAAGUCCUCCGUCGUCGUCGUCUCCCAAGCCUUGGUGCAGCAGUGAGGUGAACUCGUCGCCUUCGUUGCUAGCCGACUCGCAUGCUCGCACCGUCUGCGACAACAGCUGCGUCGACCCGCUGGCAAGAGGCAACGUUGGAAGUUCUUCCGUCUGCGGGUCCUCGUCCGACGGGGGCAGUGGCGUCUCCCACGACUCUAGAUGGCUGAUCUCAUCACGGUUGCAUUGGAAGAGAUCUGCAGGGCGAACAAUGCGCUAAAAAGCGCAAGAUUGAAUGAUCCUUCAGCAUCAGACACAAGGGAGGCCGAGAUGAAGUUGCGAGAUGCUGUGCAUAAGUACUUCAAAGGAACUGACAAUCCCAAGACGAGUAAAUUUGCUCGAGCGAG